AUGGCGCCGCCUAUCGGUGGGCUGCUCUGGCGCCACCUGCGCCCCUACCAGAUCUGGGGCGCCAACACCAAUGUCGGCAAGACCGUCUUCACCACCAUCUUGAGUGCCGCCGCCUGGCACAACCACGGAUGGCCCGACCACCAUGUCACCUAUCUGAAGCCUGUAUCCACCGGUCCCGCUGACCAGUCUGACAUACGCCAAUUCCAGCGCUUCUUUGCGAGAAUGUAUCCCAGCAAAUACAACCGUUACUUGAACACCAAAUGUUUCGUCGAGUACGAUGAACCAGUCAGCCCUGAUAUUGCCGCCGCCCACUCGAAACAGCCUCCCAUGUCCGACUCGCAGUUGCAGUCUCUCAUUCACAACUACAUUUCCAGAUGCUCCGACAAACCCGGCUGGCUGUUCUGCGAGACCGCUGGCGGCGUUCAUUCUCCCGGCCCCUCCGGAACCUCACAGGCUGACCUCUAUCGCCCGCUGAGGCUUCCGGCUAUUCUUAUCGGCGACUCUAACCUUGGUGGAAUCUCUGCUACUGUCAGCGCAUUCGAGUCUCUCCGCAUCCGCGGCUACGAUGUUGAAGCAGUCUUGCUCUUCAAAAACGAACAGUACCAGAAUCACGAAUACCUCAGCACCUACUUCCAAAAGUUCGGCAUCCCUUGCAUCUCCCUCAGACCACCCGCCGAGCGCGACCCCGAUGAAGGUAGGGAAAAAAGACUCAUGACGGCCUACUAUGAUGGCCACUUCCGAUCCAAAGUCAUCAAGCAACUCCUCAAGGACCUGGCCAAGCGUCACGACCAACGCUUCAAAAGCCUGGCUACCAUGUCUACCGAAGCCUAUGACACUAUCUGGUACCCUUUCACCCAGCAGAAACUGUUGACCCCGCAGGAUAUUACCGUCAUUGAUUCGGCAUCGGGCGACCACUUCCAGACUUUCUCCGCUGAUCCACCAGCCAGACCUGCUAGUGCCAAGGGCGUCGCCGACGAGACUGCCGUUGAAGAAAGGGACGCCGAAGAAGAGUACGCCGAAGAAGAAGAAUCUGCCCACACGGCCAAAAUGACUCGCAGACAGAGGUUCAGAGAAGCAAGGGACGCAAGAAAGGCCCACGUAGACCUCCCCAAGCCAUCCCACCUUCGUCCCUCUUUCGAUGGUUCUGCUUCUUGGUGGACCCAAGGCCUUGGCCACGCGAAUCCUCAGCUUACCCUCGCUGCUGCCUACGCCGCUGGCCGCUACGGGCACGUCAUGUUUGCCGAAGCCGUGCACCAACCCGCUCUUCAGCUGGCCCAAACGCUCCUCAAAGGCUCCAACAAUCCCCGUCUCUCGCGCGUCUUCUACUCGGACAAUGGAUCCACUGGCACCGAGGUUGCCGUCAAGAUGGCGCUGCGGGCUGCACGGUUGCGCUAUGGCUGGGGCCCCAGGGAAGAUCUGAGCAUUCUCGGCCUAAAGGGCAGCUACCACGGCGACACGAUGGGCGCAAUGGACUGCUCCGAGCCCGGCACGUACAACGAGAAGAUUGAAUGGUACCGCGGCAAAGGCUUCUGGUUCGACUUCCCCACCGUCAAGAUGACCGACAGCACGUGGACCGUCGAGAUUCCAGCCCAGCUCCGCGACCAACUCGGCGAUUCGACCACCUUCGAGAGCCUUGACGACAUCUUCAACGUCAAGGCACGGGACCGCACCAAACUCGGCAAGCUGUACGAAAAGUUCAUCGUCGCCACGCUGAAGGGCCUACAAGCGGACGGCCGUAAGUUCGGCGCGCUGAUGCUCGAGCCCGUCGUGCUCGGCGCGGGCGGCAUGCUCCUCGUCGACCCGCUCUUCCAACGCACGCUCGUCAACGUCGUCCGCAGCUCACCACAACUGUUCGCCUCGCCCGGCUCCAAGCCCCAGCCAGCCCACGACCAAACCGACUGGUCCGGGCUGCCCGUCGUCUUCGACGAGGUCUUCACCGGCCUGUACCGCCUCGGCCGCUUCUCGGCCGCGUCGCUGCUCGGCGUGCACCCGGACAUCAGCGUCAACGCCAAGCUCCUCACGGGCGGCCUGCUGCCGCUGGCGACGACCAUGGCGAGCGAGCACAUCUUCGACGCGUUCGCGAGCGACGACAAGAGCGACGCCCUGCUGCACGGCCACAGCUACACGGCGCACCCCGUCGGCUGCCAGGUCGCGGUCGAGAGCGUGAGCACGCUGAAGCGGAUGGAGGACGAGGGCGCGUGGGACGCGUUCAAAGAAGGGUGGAUGGUGUCGGCCGACGCCCCCGCGCUCGCGAAGAGCGCCGAGGAAAAGCCCAAGCUGCCCAACAUCUGGAGCGUGUGGAGCCACGCCUUCCUCGAGGAGUUGUCCGAGUCUGAAAACGUCGAGAGCAUCUGGGCCCUCGGCAGCGUGUUGGCCAUCUCCUUGAAGGACGAGGCUGGCUCUGGCUACAAAUCCACCGCCGCCCGCAAACUGCAACAGGAGCUCCUCGCCGGCGCCUCUCUCCGCUCGUUCGGCCCGGACUUCAUCGCCGACCCCAAGGUCUCCACCGCCCGCAACCCCGUCGACGUGUCAAACGUCCACUCGCGCGUCCUCGGGAACGUCUUGUACCUCAUGGCGUCGCAGACUUCGACCCCGGCCACCAUCGAGGGGAUCGAGGAUUGGUUGUCCGAGGCAAAUGCGUUUGAGGUGUGA